AUUUCAAUCUAAACCAAAUUAUAUUUAAAAUAUCUCCAAAUCAAAUUGAAUACUUCGGUUCGAUGUUUGAUUUUUCAGCAAAUUAGUUAGUGUACCCCUACGCCCAAUUGAAGCCCAUUGUCCACCAACAUUUUACCCUUCUCUCUUUCAGUUUUUCAGUAUUCGCAAUCGCAGCAGCCAAUGACUGAUCGUCUAUCAAUGGCCUCAUUCACAACUACUACUGCAGCCGCCGCCGCUGCAUCAGCCGCCUCUCGUCUUCUCCCUUCAUCAUCUUCCUCCAUUUCUCGUCUUUCUCUCUCCUCUUCUUCUUCUCAUUCGCUCAAAUGUCUCCGAUCUUCUCCUCUCGUCUCUCAUCUCUUCCUUCAUCAGAGAGGAAGUUUGAAUUAUGUGACGAAGACGAGGUUUAGCACUAAAUGUUAUGCUUCGGAUCCUGCUCAGUUGAAGAAUGCCAGAGAAGAUAUUAAAGACCUUCUUAAGACCACUUUUUGUCAUCCAAUCAUGGUUCGAUUAGGUUGGCAUGAUGCUGGUACUUAUAAUAAGGACAUUGAAGAAUGGCCACAAAGAGGUGGAGCAAAUGGUAGUCUCAGGUUUGAGGUUGAGCUCAAACACGGAGCUAAUGCAGGUCUUGUAAACGCUUUGAAACUUCUCCAGCCCAUAAAAGAGAAGUACUCCGGAGUUACAUAUGCUGAUCUAUUCCAAUUGGCUAGUGCUACUGCAAUUGAGGAGGCUGGCGGUCCUAAGAUACCCAUGAAGUAUGGAAGGGUUGACGUGACAGGGCCAGAGCAGUGCCCAGAAGAAGGAAGACUUCCUGAUGCUGGACCUCCUUCACCUGCUCAACAUCUACGUGAUGUUUUCUACAGAAUGGGUUUGAAUGAUAAGGAAAUUGUAGCAUUAUCUGGAGCACAUACAUUGGGAAGGUCCAGACCUGAACGCAGCGGCUGGGGAAAGCCAGAGACUAAAUACACGAAAGAUGGACCUGGAGCUCCAGGUGGACAGUCCUGGACAGUGCAAUGGUUGAAGUUUGAUAACUCUUAUUUUAAGGAUAUCAAAGAAAAGAUCGAUGAGGAUUUGCUUGUUUUGCCAACUGAUGCUGUUCUUUUCGAGGAUCCAUCUUUCAAGGUGUAUGCUGAGAAAUAUGCAGUUGAUCAAGAGGCAUUUUUCAAGGAUUAUGCUGAAGCCCAUGCCAAGCUCAGCAACCUUGGAGCCAAGUUUGACCCUCCUGAGGGUAUCUCCCUAGAUGAAAGCCCUGCUGAAGCAGUUCCAGAGAAGUUUGUAGCCGCUAAGUACUCAUCGGGCAAGGAUUAAUUAUUAACACAAAAGAUCAUAUUUUUCGUGACUUUUGCCUCUUAAUAAUACAAGAUGAAGCUAUAUUUGUGUGUAGUCACACCUUAAAAACUUGGAAGUCUUAUUGCUGAAGAAGAAUAAAUUCAAAUGAGUGUUGUGUGUUUGCUUAUUUGAACUUGCAGAGAGAGCUAUCGGAUUCUAUGAAGCAGAAGAUUCGCGCAGAAUAUGAAGGUUUUGGUGGUACCCCUGAUAAGCCUCUUCCAACUAACUAUUUUCUCAACAUUAUCAUUGUUAUUGGAGUUUUGGCAGUUCUAUCAUAUCUUGCAGGAUAUGUAUGAUUUCAUGAGGUUUUCCCUACGGCUUCCUUUUAAUGUGAAUUGCAUUCUUAUUUCAUACUUGAUAUUUUGAUGGCCUCCGAUUCGAGUUGUGUGAAUUGGAAGAAAUCCAAAUCAUAUGCAAGAGUAAUUAUUCAUCUCA